AUGUCUGACAAGAACCGAGGAGCCUUGUGUCUCGAGCUGGAGCUGCUGUUUAGGUCUUCUGCAGUUUGCCAGAAGCUGCGCAGCCUGAUUGCACACGCUCAGAAACAGCCUGGAUGGGGACUUCCUUUUCCACCUGACAACUGCAGCCUUUAUACAGACUGGCAGAGCGCUGGUCAGCGAGAGGAACGGGGCUGGAUGGCGACUGUGGUGCUUCUUCGCAGCAGCUUCAGCCUCUGCAAAAGGGUUCAGCUGGACACCAGCCCCAGCUCUGCCGAGUGCCGCUGCAGAGCAGUUAAUAAUUACCCCUGCCACCUCGGGUCCCUGCUCCUGCCCUGCCCUGGCCGGAGGAAGCGCUGGAGGUUGGGAAGCAGGAUGCUGCUGCUGGCGUUCCUGGUGCUGCUGGGCCCCGCCGGCUGCCCCGAGUCAGAGCCCCUGAGCGGGUCCAGCCAGGAUCCCCUCUUCCGUGGGGCGGAUCGCUACGACUUUGCCAUCGUCAUCCCCGCCGGCGCCGUGGAGUGCUUCUGGCAGUUCGCGUACCAAAGCGGCAACUUCUUCUUCAGCUACGAGGUCCAGCGGGCGACGGGGAUUGCCACCAACAGGAACAUCCUGGCCACGGCGAGCGACCCCAACGGCUUCCAGCUUGGCAUUUCCCAGCACGUGCGAGGACAGAUCAACUUCCUCACGAAGGAGACAGGUUUCUACCAGCUGUGCCUGGACAACCAGCACAACCACUUUGGCUUCAUGCAGGUCUAUCUCAACUUCGGUGUCUACUACGAAGGCUUCAACACAGAAAACAAGCAGCCACAAGAGAGGAAAGAACUGAACGACACCCUGGAGGCAAUCGGGGUCAGCAUCCAGAAGCUACAGCUCCGCAUCUUCCACAUGUGGCGGUUCUACAAUUUCGCCCGGAUGCGGAAAGGGGCCGACUCCUUCCUCCUGGAGUCCAACUACAACUAUGUCAACUGGUGGUCGAUGGCUCAGAGCUGCGUCAUUGUCCUCUCCGGGGUGCUGCAGCUCUACUUCUUGAAGCGCCUUUUCAACGUGCAAACCUCCAGCAGGCAGAAGUGCUAG